UAUUAGAAGCUAUUAAACGUGUUAGAAAGUAUCAGCAGAGUGGUUUAGUUUCACUGUUUCAGGCGUUUCCCGCGGGCAGCUGUGAGCGCGGGCGUCGGAGAAACAUGGCGGAGCUGAAGAACUGUGCAGAACUGAAGCUUAUUGGCUCUUAGAUCCAGAGAGAGUUUGCAGCUUCAGUCAGCGUCGUCUGCCGGAGUUGAUGAUUCAACAGGAGAAGCCGUUUGCGGGCAGUAUGCCGGUGGUUUGGCCCACGCUGCUCGACCUCAGCAGAGAUGAAUGCAAACGAAUCCUGCGCAAACUGGAGCUGGAAGCGUACGCCGGUGUGAUCACUGCUCUGCGAGCUCAAGGAGAUCUCACCAAAGACAAGAAGGAUCUGCUGGGAGAACUCACUCGAGUGCUGAGUAUCUCGACGGAGCGUCAUCGAGCCGAGGUGCGCAGAGCGGUGAACGACGAGCGCCUGACCACCAUCGCGUAUCACAUGUCGGGGCCCAACAGCUCGUCCGAGUGGUCCAUCGAGGGCCGGCGGCUGGUUCCUCUCAUGCCCAGACUGGUUCCUCAGACGGCCUUCACUGUGAUGGCCAACGCAGUGGCCAGUGUGACCGCGCACCAGAACGCCUCGCUGCUGCUGCCCGCAGACACCGCCAACAAGGAAGUGGUGGUGUGUUACUCGUACACCAGCACCACCUCCACCUCGUCCAGUGCGUCGGCUCCCAGCAGCAGCGCAGUGACUGCCCUUAAAUCCCCUCGACCUGCCAGCCCUGCCUCCAACGUGGUGGUGCUGCCCAGCGGGAGUACAGUCUACGUCAAGAGCGUGAGCUGCUCCGAUGAGGACGAGAAACCUCGUAAGAGGCGGAGAACCAACUCGUCUAGCUCCUCCCCCAUGCUGCUGAAGGAGGUGCCUAAAGUGGCCACGCCCAUUUCCAAAACCAUCACGGUCCCGGUGAGCGGCAGCCCCAAGAUGAGCAACCUGAUGCAGAGCAUCGCCAACUCUCUGCCGCCGCACAUGUCUCCGGUGAAGAUCACCUUCACCAAACCCUGCACCCAGACCACCAACAGCACCACGCAGAAGGUGAUAAUCGUGACCACGUCUCCCAGCUCUAACUUCGUGCCCAACAUCUUGUCCAAGUCACACAACUACGCGGCCGUGUCGAAGCUGGUCUCCAGCGCCGCGCUCUCCGUCUCCAGCCACAAACAGACCAUGGUGCUCUCAGCCGGCUCCAGCGCGGCCCCGGGGCCCAGUCCUGUCGCCGUGACGACCACUGUGUCCUCCACACCCUCAGUGGUGAUGUCCACCGUCACACAGGGCGGCUCCUCCGCGGCGGUGAAGCUGUCCUCCACUCGUCUGCCGUCUCCUAAGUCUCUGGUCAGCUCUCCGUCUCAGAUCCUGCAGAUCUCUAAAGCGCAGCAGCAGACGGCGUCUCCUAAAGCUCUGCAGACGUCUCUCUCGUCUCAUCAGAGCUCCAGCGCCGGAGCCAAACCCACCAUUCAGAUCAAACAGGAGUCUGGAGUGAAGAUCAUCACGCAGCAGAUGCAGCCCAGUAAGAUCUUACCCAAACCCUCCAGUGCUGCGCUGCCCAGCAGUAGCUCCGCCCCCAUCAUGGUGGUCAGCAGCAACGGCGCCAUCAUGACCACCAAACUAGUGUCCACCCCCACAGGCUCUCAGGCGGCGUACACGCGUCCCUCCGUCAGUCCUGCGCUCGCUGCUCGAGUCGCCACGUCUCCCGCCGGAGCCACGUACGUCAAGACCACCAGCGGCAGCAUCAUCACCGUCGUGCCCAAGUCUCUGGCCACGCUGGGGGGCAAGAUCCUCACCAGCAGCAUGGUGUCAGGAACCAGCACCAAGAUCACCACCAUCCCCAUGACCUCCAAACCCAACGUGAUCGUGGUGCAGAAGACCACCGGCAAGGGCACGACCAUCCAGGGUCUGCCGGGGAAGAACGUGGUGACCACGCUGCUGAACGCCGGGGGAGAGAAGACCCUGCAGGCCGUGCCCGGAGCCAAGCCUGCCAUCAUCACCGCGUCGCGGCCCAUCACCAAAAUGAUCGUGGCGCAGCCCAAGAGCCUCGGCGCCGGUGUCCAGCCGUCCACCAAAAUCAUCCCCACCAAGAUCGUGUACGGCCAGCAGGGCAAAACACAGGUCCUCAUCAAGCCCAAGCCCAUGGCGUUUCAGACGGCGGUGGUCAGUGAACAGACCCGUCAGCUGGUCAGCGAGACACUACAGCAGGUCACACGCAGCACAGACGGUCAGGACGGGCCGUACACAGAGAGCAGUCCGGCGUCGUCUGACAGCGCUCACGGUCAGAUCACGGCUCACAGCAGAACACAACUGAAGAAUGAGUCUGAGUGUGUAAGAACAGUGUCUCUGUGUCCAGACGCUCAUCCGGUGGUGCACCUCAUCACCUCCAGGGGGCAGGACUGGACGGAGCAGGAGGUGUCUGUGGAGGCCAGCCCCAGCAUCAUCUACCAGGACAUGAGCGGAGAGUCUCAGUCGGCCACGUCCACCAUCAAAGCCCUGCUGGAGCUGCAGCAGACCAGCGUGAAGGAGAAGAGCGACGCCAAACCUCGCCAGAACACGAUCGACCUGAGUCAGAUGGCAGUGCCGAUCCCGGUGCCGGAGCGGAGACAGUCCCCGGCAGAGCCGUCGGGUCAGAGCGCCGGAGACACGGACCCCGGGGCCCAACACCCCCCCACCGGUAAAGUGUGUAAGGCUGUGAUCGGAGCAGAGGUCACUGCGUCCAGCAGCUUCGGUCAGUCAGUGUCCUGUCCAUCAUCAUCAGACACGAGCAGCACCAGCACAUCAGCACACGCCACACAACAGCUGAAGCCGCUGCAGGAGCAGAUGGUGGUGGAUGAGGGCGAGUUAGAGGGAGACACUCUGGAUCCACAGACAGGUUUAUUCUACCGCUCGUCUCAGCAGCACCGCAGUCCUCCGCCCAAACCUGCAGCCGGCCCGUCUGACACGCCCACUUCCUCUAAGAGGGCGGAGCCAGUGACAGCCCGAGCCUCCAUACAGAGAGCGUCUGCGUCUGCGUCUGCGUCUGCGCUGGUCUCCUCCACCCCUCCACACACACCGCAGCUGCCCAGACUGCAGCAGGCGCCCUCCUCACACAACCGGCCCAACACACACACGCAGCUGUCGCAGCCGCCGCCGCUGCAGGCGCAUCACCCCGUGGGCUCCAGCAAGACCCCCAGCAGCAGCCAGCUGCAGCAGCCCAUCAUCACGCAGGGAGCGUCCGUCACCAAGAUCACGUUCGGCGCUCAUCAGUGUCCUCCAGUGUCCAGCAGCGGCGAGGCGUCCGUCAAGCUCCAGCCAGAGUCCAGCUCCAGCCUGACAGCACCAGAGAAGCCCUCCGUCUCAGACAUCCUGAAGAUCUCCAUGAUGGAGGCGGAGAUCGAGCCCAUGGUGGUGGACUCGUCCAGUGACUGCGGCCCGCUGACCAAGACCCCGAGCAGCUCUCCGCUCAUCAGCAGCUCCAAACAGACGCUCGCUCACGGAUCCUUCAGCCGCGUCAAGAGCAACGACCUGGACAUCAUACAGGUGAUCCCGCAGUACUCCAUCAUGCCGGACUCCAGCCAAUCAAACGUGGUGGUGGAGCCCAGCGGCUUCCUGGAGAUCAGCGACUUCACCAGCCAGCGUCUGGACGAGGAGGCCGCCAUGGAACAGGAAGUGGACAGCAGCAACGACGAGGGGGCGGCGGCCAGCCCCAUGGCUGACCAAUCACAGUGAAGCCUGUGGAUUUGAUUAUUUCAGAGGAGAAAGACCUUCUGAUUGUGCUUCGUCACGUCUGUAUCAUGCAGAGAGUUUGUGCUGUAGAGACAAACCUUACUCUGUGGAGAAUCAGAUUCAUGAGGAACGAUAGGAAUGUUUCGGGUGGAUUCUAUUUAAAGGGACAGUUCACCCAAAAAUGAUCAUUCUGCCUUUGUUUACUCUCCUUCAAACCUGUAUGAGUUUCUUUCUUCUGUUGAACACAAAAGAAGAUGUUAUGAAGAAUGGUGGUAAACAAACAGCCAUAUGUUCCCAUUGACUUCUAUACCAGGGAACAAAAUACCAUGGAAG